AUGACCGUCUCAGAAUCACCGAUGGCUAGCGAUUUUUUCCUUGAUAGCCCGGUACCGCCAAAAUUAGACCUGACUGGUGCCAGAUCGCGAUUUUACCGGUCUCCUCGCACUCCAUCGGCGACAUCGUCGCUUUGUCGCUCCGUCACAUCCCCGGCUCAUUUCAGCAGCCGCAAGCGUGCAAGAUACGGCUAUAAUGACUUCGAUGGUCAUCAGAAAAUUGGAAGCUUUGAGAGCCGCGUUGCAUGGCCAGACGACCAGCCCGCUGCCUUCGGCGACCCAGCCAGCCCUGCUCCGCUCGUGAGUACAGACUACCGGUUGGCUGAUGGGGGGUUGGAGCCAUCCAGUUUAUCUCUUGGGCCCGCCAGUACUGCAUUUGAGCAUGAUGAUAAUGGAGCGGAGAUAGAUUAUCGGCCUAGUCGAUAUUCUGUGUAUCCGAUAUUGUCUGGGGAAGUGAACAGAAGAAAGCGUGAAAGACCCGCUUCUUCUGGAGAUGAUAUGGAACAUCACGCAGUGACACCGUCUUCCACGUCUAUCGGAUGGGGCAGGGCCGUGAUAAACUUGGUUGGCGGCGUCGCUGGGAGGGUUUGGGACUUUUGCUGGACAGGGGCCUUCCGUGGUUUCUAUGCCGGCGGAGGGAGAGGAUACGACUUGAAUGCCCCAGACACAGACCAGCCAACCGCCCCGUCUUUUGAUAAUAGUUCUUGGGAAAAGAUGGGUCGAGCAGGUCAGCACCUCAAGUCCGCAAGCUCCAGAAUAAACACCCCAACCGCGUUCGAUAGACAGAAAAUGGAUGAGGACUGGGUGCUAGUUAAAAACGAGAAGGAUCAGAACGAGUCACCUUCAUACAUUCCUCGCAAGAUCCCUCGUCGAGGAGGUGGGCCCUCACACCACAUUUCUCCUCGGCGACCGAUCGCCAUAGCUAUUCCGAAAAGGCCCAGCUUGAUUCCCGUGAGACCUGGUUCCCUGUAUACCCAAACACAGUCUAGUUUGCCUCUGCCAACCAGCUCUCCGGCCUCCCAUAGCCGCCCAAAGACACCGAAAGACAGCAGCCCCUUAGCUCUUGAUGCCCAGCGCUAUGCCGCGAAGAUACGCCGGAGAGAAAAGGAAGAAGACGCCAGUAUUAGGCGGUUGCAUCAGCAGCUUAAAGCCAUGAUUCGCGAGGGAAAGCAAGCUUUGGAGACGAAAGUUGAAGUUGAAAUUGAUACGAUGGAUAUGGAUUAUUGA